ACUUAUCGAGAACUUCGGCCUGCGGUUUCAACAUUACAAGGUAACCUCUUUCCUGGGCUGGACGAUGGCUUGAUGGGCCGAGCAGAGGCUCUCGCCGCCGUAGAUAUCGCCAAGUCCGGUCCAACAACUAGUGCUGGAAUUCCCUUAAAACACGAUAUGAUGUACGCUCAUCACGCAGGAAUGGGCGGAGGCCAUGCUGGUCCCACUGGCCGAAUCCACCAUUCUCAGAUGGGUCAUCCAGGAAUGGACACGAUGGAGUUACUGGAGCCACUUUGUCCUAGUUCCCUACCGCCUCUGACCUUAGCCGCUGAAACUAGUGCCGUUAACUCUCACCCACAUCCGCAGUUACAUGGCCCAAUUUAUACGCACAGUAUGAACGGCAUGAUGGGUGGCCACCCAGCAUUAGCGCCACAUCAUGCCAUGGCCAUGCACGACACAGAUACGGAUCCCCGUGAGUUGGAGGCUUUUGCUGAACGUUUCAAACAACGACGGAUCAAACUCGGAGUGACCCAAGCCGACGUGGGCAAGGCUCUAGCUAACUUGAAGCUACCUGGUGUCGGUUGCUUAUCCCAGAGUACUAUUUGCAGAUUUGAAUCUCUCACAUUAUCCCACAAUAAUAUGGUUGCCCUCAAGCCCAUUCUUCAGGCUUGGUUGGAGGCGGCUGAAGCUCAGGCGCGCAGUAAGCGCCGCGAUCCAGAAUCCUCAAGCGUCCUUCCGAACGGUGAAAAGAAGCGAAAAAGGACAUCCAUUGCUGCUCCUGAAAAGAGGUCACUGGAAGCCUACUUCGCCGUGCAGCCUCGACCGUCUGGCGAGAAGAUUGCUGCUAUCGCUGAGAAGUUGGACCUGAAGAAGAAUGUAGUUCGCGUAUGGUUCUGUAACCAAAGGCAAAAGCAGAAGCGAAUGAAAUACUCGGCUGGUCAACAUUAA